UUCACGUAUGAAUACUAACGCAAUUUUGCGACAUUAGCUUCGUUUGUGUCACACGUGUUGCCUUAUGAUUUCCGGUAGCAAAGUUGGAAUUAUAUUGAAAAACAGAGUUAAAAUAAACUUUUUAAUUCUAUUUGUUAGGCAAAAAUACAAACUUUCGAAAAUGGGUCCAAAGAAAAAUCAAGAACCAGAGCCAAUAUUAUUAGGACGUUUUGGAACAUCCCUAAAAGUUGGGAUCGUAGGAGUUCCUAAUGUCGGAAAAUCAACUUUUUUUAAUGUUCUUACUAAAAGUCAAGCAGCUGCAGAGAACUUUCCUUUCUGUACUAUAGAUCCAAAUGAAUCAAGGGUUCCAGUUCCAGAUGAACGAUGGGAUUUUCUGUGUGAAUACUAUCAACCAUUAAGUAAAGUACCUGCAUUUUUAAAUGUUGUUGACAUUGCCGGAUUAGUUGAAGGUGCAAAUGAAGGACAGGGACUUGGUAAUGCUUUUCUGUCACACAUAAAAGCUUGUGAUGCAAUUUUUCAAAUGCUUCGUGCAUUCGAUGACGACGAUGUGACACAUGUUGAUGGAAGUGUGGAUCCAUGCAGAGAUUUAAAAACUAUAUUAAAAGAACUUAGACUGAAAGAUGUAGAAUAUUUCAAAGCUAGAUUGGGAGAGCUAGAAAGAAAAGUUCGAAGUAACGAUAAAAAAGUUUUAGAAGAACAUACUAUUUGUACAAGAAUCGUUAAAUUGUUAGUAGAAGAUGAAGUUCACUUGCGGUUUGUUAAAGAUUGGACUAAUAAUGAGAUAGAAUAUUUAAAUAAACAUCUUCCAAUCACAGCAAAACCUAUGUUAUAUCUUGUUAAUUUAUCUGAAAGUGAUUAUUUUCGAAAAAAAAACAAGUGGCUGGCAAAGAUUAAGGCAUGGAUAGAUGAAAAUGAUCCUGGUGCUCAACUGAUUCCAUUUAGUGGAGUUUUUGAACAAAAGGCAUUUGAUAUGCCUGCAGAUGAAUUUGCAAAAUACUGUGAAGAGAAUAAAACUCAAAGCAUUCUACCUAAAAUCAUCAAGUCUGGUUUCCAACUACUACAAUUGCAAUAUUUUUUUACUGCUGGUAAAGAUGAAGUUAAAGCAUGGACAAUUCAGAAAGGAACUAAAGCACCAGCUGCUGCUGGAAAAAUUCACACUGAUUUUGAGAAAGGUUUUAUAAUGGCAGAGGUUAUGAAGUUUGAUGACUUUAAAGAACUAAAAAGCGAAACAGCUGUGAAGAAUGCUGGAAAAUAUAAGCAACAAGGUAAAGGAUAUACUGUUGAAGAUGGCGACAUCAUAUUUUUUAAAUUUAAUGCUGGUGCUGGGCUUACACCUGGUGCAGCCGCAAAAAAGAAAUGAUUUGAAAACGAAAUGAAAAGAAAACUUAUUUAAUUGUCAUUAAAUCAGCAUAACUAUUUUUGUA